CUUUGUCUUUCUCUCUCUUCUAUUGAUCCUCCUAACACCCUUUUCUCACCCUCAAUAUUGACCUCCAUCUAUCUAUACUCGUCCCAAUACGUUCCAUUCCUCAUUCUCCCCGUUGUAAGUUGUUUUCUGCCUCCAAUGCCUCCCAAGGGCGCGUCAAAACCCGCAGCGCGGGCUACAACAACGAGCAAAAAGAAGACUGCUACCACAGCAAGCACCACGAAAAAUUCUCGAGGACGUGCUGCGGCUACCACUAAAACUACCGUGAAAUCAACGGCGACGCGCAAAACUACCAAAGCGGACGAAGUCGGCGCCACAAAGAAGACAGCCGCGCCAGCUAAAAAGCGCAGAGCUGAUGCUGAAGAUGCUGAGACUAGUCGCUCCACCAAGCGGGCUCGCGUUGUAAAGCCUGCUGCUGCAAAGCCGAGGCCAAAAGUUGUCAUCAACAAUGCGCCAACCGCAAAGCUGAACGUCUAUGUUUGUGGUGAAGGUAGCUCUGGUGAGCUUGGUCUGGGCGUCGGAAAGAACGUCAUUGAUGUGAAGCGACCACGUCUCAACCCGCACCUGCUGCCAGAUGAUGUUGGUGUCGUGCAGGUUGCUGUUGGCGGGAUGCAUUGCGUCGCUCUUACGCAUGACAAUAAGGUUCUUACCUGGGGUGUCAAUGACCAAGGUGCCCUCGGGAGAGAUACGACAUGGGAGGGUGGAUACAAAGACAUGGACAACCGCGACUCGGACUCGGACUCGGACUCGGACUCGGAUGACAAUCCUGAUCUGAACCCUCAUGAGUGCACCCCAACUGCCAUUCCUUCCAGCGCUUUUCCUCAUGGCACCGUUAUUGUCGAAGUAGCUGCUGGUGACAGCUCAAGUUUCGCCCUCACUGACGAGGGCCAAGUUUAUGGCUGGGGAACAUUUAGAAGCAACGAUGGUAUUCUCGGAUUCGACGCCAAGACAAAGGUUCAAACUACUCCGAAGUUAUUGCCGGACCUUAAAAAAAUAAAGCACCUGGUAUGCGGAGAUAACCAUGUCCUCGCUCUCAACGACAAAGGUGCUGUUCUGUCGUGGGGCUCGGGCCAGCAAAACCAACUAGGUCGCCGUAUCAUCGAGCGAAACAAACUGAACGGGCUUCAGCCACGGGAAUUUGGUCUUCCCAAAGGUAUCGUUCAUAUUGGUGCUGGCGCUUUCCACUCCUUUGCCGUACACCAGUCCGGCAAGGUUUUCGCCUGGGGCUUGAACAGCUUUGGAGAGACGGGAAUUCGUGAAAAUGCGGGCGAUAGUGAGGCUGCCAUCGUCCACCCCACCGUGGUGGACUCUUUGUCAAAGAAGAACGUCACGCAAAUCUGCGGUGGUGCACACCACUCCAUAGCUGCCACCCAGGAUGGCGAAUGUCUAGUCUGGGGUCGACUAGAUGGAUAUCAAACAGGCUUAAAAAUUGAUACUCUCCCAGACGAUGCGGUCAUCAAGGACGAGCGUGACCGUCCUCGUAUCCUCAUCGAGCCUACGGCUGUCCCCGGGAUAAAAGCCAAGGCUGUUGCGGCGGGUUCCGAUCACUCAAUUGCAAUUGAUACUAGCGGCCGUCCCUGGUCUUGGGGCUUCUCUGCUACUUAUCAAACCGGCCAAGGCACACAAGAUGAUGUGGAGGUCGCAACUGUCAUUGAGAAUACAGCCGUUCGGGGCAAAAGUCUCAAUUGGGCUGGUGGUGGUGGUCAGUUCUCAGUCUUUACCGAACCAGUUGAGUUGUGAACCACUUAGAGGUAGUUUUGAGAGUUGCUUCGUAAAGAUUGUGGGCUAUCUGUCUCAAGGAUGGCCUUGGAAUAUCGGGCUGAUCUUCUAAAAUGUGUUUACAGGACAUUGGGUAUGCUGUUUUUCUCAUUUUCAA